AUGUCUCUUAGGGCACAUCCACAAAUUCAGUAUUUGCUGAAUGCCAAGCCUCAUUUUCCUAUUCGAGUUAAUUGCUGGUUUUGCAGGCAAAAUACUGUAGUGCCUUUUGGUAACAGCAAUUGUUGGGAUUGUCCAAAUUGUGAACAGUACAAUGGGUUUCAAGAAGAUAAUGAUUAUAACAAACCAAUACCUGCUCAGUAUGAUGAAAGUUUAAAUUUCCCAGUAACUGGUGUUCCUGCUAAUGGUUAUAAAUUUUCUACCAAAAGUGCUCUCUGUAUGGAUUGCAACAGAAACCAGCAGAUAAAAAUAAAGCUUCUGUCAGAAUUUGUACCUUUUAAUGAGGAUAGUUUUUCAGAAGAAAUAGAUGCUUAUCACUGCCAAUUAGAAAAAGCAUAUCAUUUGUGCCAUUGGUGUGAUAUAAAAGUACAAAAUAUUCUUUCCAAACAAGAUAGUGAAUUAUUAGCAACACUGCCAACUGAUUUAAUUAGGAAUUCCAGGGAAACAAGCGAAUCAUUGCCUUCUAUAUCAUCACAACGUGUUCAUAUUUGUGUUCAUGGUUUAACUGUUAUCAGUCUAUUAUGUUUAAUGUCUUUAUUGUUAUGUGGAAUAUUUGAACUACAAGAAGAUAGUGACCAUCAGUUUAUCCCUCUAACGUGGAAAACAAUUUCGUUUCUUCCAACUGCUUCCACUUUGACAGUCAUUGGUCUUUUGACAGCUGUUGGAGCAAUAUUAUUUGCUGGACGAAAUAAACUGAGAAGAAUUGAUGCAACUGUAGCAUUAGUAUGGGUUGUAUUACAAGCAGUCUACUCUACCAUAAUUGAUGAUUUAAUACCAGCUGCCGAUCUUCAUUUGAUGAGGCCAAUAAUAAUUUUCUUGACUUUGAUUAUUUCAAUAAUUGGCUACGUUUGGAGAUUUACUAAUAAUACUGAGAAUCGAAUUUGGAUGAGUAAAAGGAGAGGAAAAAGACCUCUUGUUAAUCGUACAAUCAUUGACAAACCUCCUGCCGAUCCUUCUGCUAUUUAUUUAUAUAAAAAAAUUAGUAAGAAACAACCUGCUAAGGAUGUUGUGGAUGCUAUUGACCAAAAGUUAGAUGCCAUACAAAUUACUUCUGGUAAAAUGAAUUUUAAAAACCUAGAGAAAUUAAGUUGCAAAUCCUUAAGAAGCAAUUUUCCUCUGAUCAGACCAACUCGGUUUACAUCUCAACAGUUUAGACAAGCUUCAUGGACAGGAGGAAAUUAUUGGUCAUUUUCUAAUGAGAAAUCUUCUUCUAGUGUAGCUGGGAAUUCUUCUCUUGGUUUAAUUACUCCUCCUCCAUCUGUAUGCAGUUCUCAAGAAAGUAGUUCGGCUAGUCAUGCAGAGAGUACUUGUGAAGAAGAAUGGCAUUGUGAAUCAUAUGAGACAAGAAUCCUUACAUGGCCACCUUCCAUUGCAAAAGAUAAAUCCGUACAGUGGGAAUCAGAAACUUCCAGGAGCAACACCAGCAAUAUGUCACAGUCUCAGCAUCACUUCCAAAACUCUGUUAAGGCGAAGUCCAAUUCUCCACAAACAUCUCAUAUCUUUGGACCGUUUUCAUAUAAGGUGGCAUUUGUUAGUGUGAUUGCCAACAUUAUAUUAUUGAUUUAUUAUGUCAUUCUACCUUGGGUCAACUGAAACCAGUAUUGCCAAAUGUAAUAGUUCCAGUAUUAAAGAAACAAAUGUGAAUUGUGUAAGAUUAUGUUAAACCCAUGUGUAAUUUUUAGUUUUGUUUUCAGUAUAAGUGUACAUAAUAUGCCAUACCUUACAAAGAAUUUAAUGUUGUAUGUUUUUUUUAUAUACAUAUAAGUUUAAAAUGUAAUUUUUGUCAAUUUGAAUUUAUAUCAUUAGCAAUUUUAAUAAUCUAUACAAGAAUUACAGUAAAAAUUUUAAGUAGACAUUUUAUAUGAAUGGAUUUUUUAUUGUGUAGCAAUUAAAUAUGAAUGAGACAAUGGACAGAAGCUUUUUUUUUCAGAUUGUUUGAAUGCAGAUAUUUGUGAAGUAAAGCAUGUGCUUUGAUACAUUUCUGCUGGUUUAUUGAUUAAAGAAAACAAAUUUGUCAUA